GUGAAACAAGGAAUAUUGCUCGUGGUCCGGCAGUCCGCCUACCUCUUCGCGGCUAGCCUGCCGCCCGGCCCCACCAUAAAGCAACCCUUGCUGCAGCUUUUAGGAAGCUCUGGCGCGCAUCCAGUCUGCCAGUCCGCGGGAACAUUUCGCCUCGAGUCCAUCCAGCCAGACUUGGCCUCGCACCCUCGUGUCGCACUCCAUUCGGUCGCCGCAGCAAAGCAGUGUCGCAAACCAGCUGUCUUGAUGUCCCCACAAAAGUAGAAGGUUGGGAAAGAUGUUGUUCCCUGAGGAGGACUCGCCUCUGCUGAAGGCGUGGAUCGUCAAGCGCCUCGAGAAUACUUCUGACGCCGACGCCGAUGUGCUUGCUGACUACGUGCUGGCCCUCUUACACUCUGACGAUGGCACCGAGGAUGUCAAGUCAAAGUGCAUGUCCGAGAUGGGCAAUUUCCUCACAGAAGAUCCUUCAUCUUUCGUCAACGACUUAUUCGACAUAAUCCAGUACAGAUCCUACCUCCCCGGCGCCGCCCCUCCGCCGAAACCAGCCCCGACUGCUGCUCUCCCAACAAACCUACAAGGCCUCGGCGACCCAAACACAGGUCUGCCUUCCAUCCCUACUGGUCCUUCCGGUGGCAGCGCGCGCAAGCGUGGCUUCCAGGACCGAGGCGACUUCGCUGCGCCGACCGGCCGGGACCAAUUCCAAGGCGGCCGACAGUUCAAACAACCGCGUCGCGGCGGGGCCUACGGAGGUCGCAAGGGCUACGUCGACCUGGACAGGCCACAAUCGCUAUCACAGGACGACUACCAAUUCCAAAACACCCCAGGCCCGCAUGCGCUGUCCUUCGGGCAGCCGGGCCAGGUCCCGCAGAUCCCGCCGUUCGACCCGAGCAACCCCCUAGAGGCGAUGCGACAGCUACAGCAGAUCGGCCAGCAGAUGGGCCUCUCCAUGCCGCCCUUCGCCGGCUACCCCCAACAACAGCAGCAGCACGGCUUCCAGCAGAAUGCGCCGGCGCAGCAGGGGAGGAAGGGGCGGUGCUGGGACUUUGACAGGAAGGGCUUCUGCCCCAGGGGCAUCAAGUGCAAGUUCGAGCACAGCACUGGCACCGAGCCCGUCCCGUACAGCCUCCCUACGCCACAGCUCUCGGGGCACAUCUCGCUGCCCGGAGAAGGUCCGUUCCCUUCUCAGUUUUCCAGUACAGCGAUCGAGGCCGAGAGUCUCGGCUCUUCGCAUGAUUUAUUUGCAGCGCCGUUUGAUUUCAAUUCCUUUGUCGAUUUGUCCUACAGUCUUAACAACUUGAUGAGUCUGACACAACAAGCAGAGUACGACCCGACCUCCGCGACGCUAUCACCACAGAUAUCCCAAUUUCCGCAGCAGCAAGGCCCUCACCAGGGCAACACAUAUCCUAACCAGAACAGAAAUAACCGGCAGGGUCAGCAACGGCGGAAAUGGGGCCAAGGGCGGGCGCCGUUCUCCGCAGAAGGCCCGGUCAACGACAGGAGCCAGACCAAGGUCGUGGUGGAGAGCAUCCCCGAGGAGAACUUUGACGAGGACCAGGUGCGGAACUUCUUCGCGCAGUUCGGCAAGGUCGAAGAGGUCACCAUGAUGGGGUACAAGCGGCUGGCAGUGGUCAAGUUCGACAACUGGGCCUCAGCCAACGCCGCGUACAAAUCACCAAAGGUGAUAUUCGACAACCGGUUCGUAAAGGUCUUUUGGUACAAGGACGAGAAGCACGGCGACAUCGCGAACGGCGGCGGCGGCGCGAACGGCUUCAAGAACGGCCGCCCGGCUGCCGCCAACGGCGUCAAGCGCGAGGACCUCUCCGGAGGGGACGUGAAGAUGGAGGAGGACGACGACGAGCAGCAGAUCGACAUGGAGGAGUUCGCGCGCAGGCAGGAGGAGGCGCAGCGGCUGCACGAGGAGAAGACGGCCCGGAUGCGCGAGAUCGAGCGGCAGCGCGAGGAGCUCGAGCGCAGGCAGAAGGAGCUGCAGGCCAAGCAGGCGGCCGAGCGGCAGCGGCUGAUGGAGAAGCUGGCGCGCAAGAACUCGGCCGAGGCGGGCGGCGGCGGCGGCGCAGCAGCAGCAGCCGCAACCACGGCGGAGGGGUCCAAGACCGAGGCGCUCAAGGCCACGCUCGCGCGGCUCAAGGGGGAGGCCGAGGCGCUGGGGAUCGACCCGGACGCACAGCAACAGGACGACGGGGCAGUCCAGUUCCCGACGACGAGCUACGGCGGCCGCGGCGGCAGGGGAGGAGGAGGGUACUACCGCGGCCGCGGCGGCUACGCCCCGCGGGGCUCUGCGUUCCGAGGAGGGGGCGGCGCCGCGCGCGGCCGGGGCAACUUGCACGCGGCGUACGCGGCCUUCUCGCUGGACAACCGGCCCAGGACGGUGGCCGUCUCCGGGGUCGACUUCUCGGCGCCCGAGAAGGACGAGGCGCUGAGGCGGCAUCUCUUUGGCUUCGGCGAGGGCGUCACGGGGAUCCAGGUCACGCCCGCGGUGACGCACCUCAGCUUCAGCGACCGCAGGCAGGCGGAGCUGUUCUACAGCGGCGUCAAGGGCGGGCGGAUACCGGGUGUCAGCGACGGCGGCGAGGACGGCGGCGGCGCGGCCGUCGAGGUCUCGUGGGUCUCCGGGCCGGCGGCCGCGCUGCCUGGGAGUACCACUAUCACCACCACUUCUUCUGGUGUUAACCCCCCGACCGGCGGCGGCGGUGGUGAUGCUGAUGCUGCGAUGGACGAUGCGGACGCUGCCGGUAGGAACGGGGAGACGACGCAGGGGGGCGGCGAGCCGGAUGCAAAGUCUCAGGGCCACGAACAGCAGCAGCAGCAGCAGCAGCAGGAGUCUGGCGAGGCCAAGGAGGUGGUGGACUAUGACGUUGCCGGCGAGAACGAGUGGGACGAGUAGGGCCGGCGCCCAUCCGAGCGCUGUCGGUUGUGUUGGCACGGUAUGAGUUCACUAUUAGAGACUAGGCGGUCCUCCUCCUGGUCCUGUGGCCAGCAUUACCGCCACCGUCGACGGUUCACGUUGUGGAUUGCCGGCCGGGUGGGAGGGGGUAGGAGGUUUGAGGGGGGCCGUCUCUUGAAAAAAAACAAAGUCAAAAUGGUCAGAUGUUUAUGUGUAUGGUAUGGGGCAGGUAGGGUCAGUCGGUCAGUCGGUCCGGUCCGGUCAGGUCUACUCCUUCUUGCCCGGGGCAGUCGGCGCUGGGGCCGGAAGAAGGUGGCAGGCAGGCGGUGUCAAAACAAUACUUUGCAUAGCAUGGGCAGUCAGUCAGACAGCCAGACAGCAAGCAUGUCAUGGGGAGCCGGCGUAAACAUCGAGAGCAUCAUCAAUCAGGCCUGAAUCUUAGGUUUCUUAGGAAAGCAGACGGGAUAGAGCACAGCAGAGACCAGUCCAAUCCAGGCAAAGCAAAGCAAAGCGAAGCAGGCGGUCGGGAGGAGGGG